GUAAGGCUCAAUAAGAAGAGAGAAAGGCAUAAAGCAGCCUCCUUGCUUACAACUUGGUUUUCAUUGCAGGUGGCAAAUCUGGCCUGUUCCAUCUCAAAUAAUGAAGAAGGUGUGAAGUUAGUUCGUAUGGCAGCAACGCAGAUUGAUAGUCUGUGCCCACAGGUCAUAAAUGCUGCACUCACGUUGGCUGCCAGACCCCAGAGCAAAGUAGCGCAGGACAACAUGGACGUCUUUAAAGAUCAGUGGGAGAAACAAGUGCGAGUUCUCACCGAGGCUGUGGAUGACAUCACUUCGGUGGACGAUUUCCUCUCCGUUUCAGAAAACCACAUUCUGGAAGAUGUGAAUAAAUGUGUGAUUGCUCUCCAAGAGGGGGAUGUCGAUACGUUGGACAGAACUGCGGGUGCCAUCCGAGGCCGUGCAGCCAGAGUUAUUCACAUCAUCAAUGCAGAGAUGGAAAACUACGAAACUGGAGUUUAUACUGAGAAGGUACUGGAAGCUACCAAACUGCUCUCCGAAACUGUUAUGCCACGUUUUGCUGAACAAGUCGAGGUGGCCAUUGAAGCUCUGAGUGCGAAUGUCCCGCAGCCAUUUGAAGAGAAUGAGUUCAUCGAUGCCUCCCGCUUGGUUUAUGAUGGAGUUCGUGACAUCAGGAAAGCUGUUCUGAUGAUAAGGACCCCUGAAGAGCUAGAGGAUGAUUCUGAUUUUGAGCAGGAAGAUUAUGACGUUCGCAGCCGAACAAGUGUUCAGACUGAAGAUGACCAGCUUAUUGCUGGCCAGAGCGCAAGGGCUAUCAUGGCUCAGCUUCCCCAGGAGGAGAAGGCGAAGAUUGCUGAGCAGGUAGAGAUAUUCCACCAAGAAAAGAGCAAACUGGAUGCGGAGGUGGCCAAGUGGGAUGACAGCGGUAAUGACAUCAUUGUGCUGGCAAAGCAGAUGUGCAUGAUCAUGAUGGAAAUGACAGACUUUACCAGAGGUAAAGGCCCCCUGAAGAACACAUCCGAUGUCAUUAAUGCAGCCAAGAAGAUUGCAGAGGCAGGGUCAAGGAUGGACAAAUUGGCACGGGCGGUAGCUGAUCAGUGCCCAGACUCAGCCUGCAAACAGGAUCUGCUGGCCUACCUGCAGCGCAUUGCCCUCUACUGCCACCAACUCAAUAUCUGCAGCAAAGUGAAGGCAGAAGUUCAGAACCUGGGAGGAGAACUUAUUGUAUCAGGGCUGGACAGUGCCACUUCUCUCAUCCAGGCAGCUAAAAAUCUGAUGAACGCUGUGGUCCUUACAGUGAAAGCAUCGUAUGUGGCUUCUACGAAAUAUCAGAAGGUCUAUGGCACUGCUGCAGUGAACUCACCAGUUGUAUCUUGGAAGAUGAAGGCACCUGAGAAGAAGCCUCUAGUAAAGAGAGAAAAACCAGAAGAAUACCAAACAAGAGUGAGGAGAGGGUCCCAGAAGAAACAUAUUUCCCCUGUACAGGCCUUAAGUGAAUUUAAAGCUAUGGAUUCCUUCUAAACCACUAAGCUUUACCAGGAGGGUUUUAUAUUCUUUUUUGUAUGCAUACCUGCCGACUUGUAUGCGUCUGGCAUGGGGUGGGGGGAAGCAGCCUCAAUUUGCAUGCAACCUAAGACUCUGUUGAAGUACCUAACUUUCUGCAAUGCCAAAAUUUAGGGCAUUUUCUUCUGAUGUUAGACAGACAUAUUCCAGGCUUCCUUUUUAAACUAAACUAUAGCAUUGAAUUGGCCAAAGAAUCUGCAUCACGGGGGUACGUGUGGGUUAAAUAAAAAAUUCAAAUCUAAACCCAGAAAUUUUUGUGCAUGCAAGAAACAUUAGGUUGGCAGGUAUAUAAAGUGAACAAAAUGGAAUUGUAAUGAUAGACCAUAAAGCUUGUAUUGCUUCUGUUCCAGUGCAAAAAUGUACUAGCCAAUAUGCUUAAAUGUGUGGCCCAAUAACUAAAUGAUAUAACUUUUAAGUCAUCUUCAUUAUAGUAUGUGAAUUUUUAAAGCAGAUACAAACUAAUUCAUCUUAAAAAUGCUUCUUUUAAACCAUAUUUUGUUCUUUAUAUUCUAGUAGUGUUAUGAUUGCUCACAUUUCAAUUAAUCCCAUUAAUAUGACCAGAGGUUUACUUUUGCCAAUUGAAUUCCUUAUGGUGGAGUAUGAAGCACAAUAUGGUGAUUGACAUUGCCUUUUAUAUUAUGAUUAUUAUUAUGAUUAUUAUUAUAAUAUUAGUAAUAGAAGACCUGGUGGUGGAAUGUUUAGCAACACGGAACUGACAGUGUGAGAAUUUAGAGGCAAAUAUGUAGGUGUAGCUUGGAUUACAGGUAUCUGACAUACCAUUGUAACCACUAACUCAAUAAACUCAUUUAACCUUGGAAUCCUCAA